AUGUCUUUCCUGUUUCAUUUCGGAGAUCUGUUGCUGGAUGGCAAAGACCCUGUCGACGAUAGCGUCGAUAAAAUACAUCGACGUUGCACUAUUGUCUUCUUGCUGUUGCUCUCGCUUCCGCUAUUCACGAAGCAGUUUGCGGGCGAGCCGAUUGAGUGCUUCACGCCCACUUAUUUUACGGAAGCCCAGUCACGCUACGUCAAUUCUUACUGUUGGACCGUUUCGACUUUUUACCUGGACCAAGGUCAACAGCAAUCGCAGCAGCUUCAACCGCCUUCAAUGAGCGACAUUAGUGAAACCAAGAGAACGACACACAAUACGAAUCGUGGCGAUGCCAGAGUGCAUUCAGUUGAUUAUGUGGACGAAUAUGAGAUUCCAUUGACAAUUCAACAGGGAGGCCAACGAGUACAGGUGAAAGUCAAUUACUAUCAAUGGGCGCCCAUGAUAUUACUGGGAAAAGCCAUCACAUUCUACGUGCCCUUUGCCAUCUGGAAAUGUCUGGCACGUCGAAGAGGCAUUUCUCUUCGACAGCUCAUGAAACGCAUUACACGUUUAAGUGAAAUCAGUCCAAGUCAUCCCGAUCGAUGUAAUUUGUUGCACGAGAUCGUGGAACAAUUCCAUUUCCUGGUGAGCGCGACCAACAGGCAAUCGGGCGCCGCGAAUAAAGUGCAACGCCCAGCAUCUCAUCCCGUCAGGCUAACGAUGCAACAAAGUCAGCUCUUCAUAACGUUCCUCUUCAUCAAGAUUCUCUACUUGCUCAACGUUCUACUUCAGUUCUACUUGCUAGUGACCUUUCUCGGCGACGAUUACCUCACGCACGGCUGGGAAAUUGUGAGACACUUGUGGACGAAAAGGACAUGGUGGACCAGCCCACGUUUCCCCCUUCAAACAUUAUGCUCUGUCAGAGCUGCGCAACAAGGAUCCCUCCGGCUUUACCAAUGUCAUUGCGUCUUGCCAAUUAAUUUAUUCAACGAGAAAAUCUGUUCAAUUUGGUGGUUUUAUAUUGUGGCACUGCUACCUCUCACAAUGACAAGCUUGGCGAUAUGGUGCUACAGAAACUGCUUGGUUUCUAUUCGCACGGAAUUCGUUGAACAUUAUUUACUGCCCAGCAUAAAUAACGAUGAAGAAAACGACAAUCAGCGACGCGAUUGCCGUGCUUUUACCAUAGAUUAUUUGGGUUGUGAUGGAGUUUUCGUACUACGGUUGAUUGAGAUUAACCAUGGCAGCACGACGCUCAGGACGAUUGUCCAGGAACUCUACAAACGCAGAAAGAUCACUCAACAUAUUGCCAGAACACCGGAGCCUGGUAAUCCAGCUCUUAUUCCUACCGUUGCUGUUGCUAUACCACAGUUGCAGACGUAUACGCCGAUGAGUUCGCGGCUGACGCAAGGCCAACCCAAGAUACAUCCGUCUAGUCCAGGUGCCCAACCGUUGUCUCGGCGAUUGAGUGGCAUCGCUUCGCGGCCAGCACCUUUUCAACGAAUGCGAUCAAGGCUUUCACUACAGGGUCAUUCAGUCCACUCGAUGUCGAGUGUCGCGUAAUUAUGACCUCUAUUUAUUGCUUGUGAUAAUUAAAAUUCACGAAGGAAUGUGGAUUUGAUCUAACGAAAGGGCAUUGAUCCCAUGAACCUUUUCAAGGGAUAAGCGAGAAAAUUGGUUUUCUCUCAAUCACAGCGCAUUUUUCAACCACAGUUGGGAAACAACUAAUUACUCGAGAUUAUUGGGGUCACUUUCCAUAUGAAGUAGGCUAUAUUAAAUGGUGAAGCGAAGCCUUUCACAUCAUCAGUCAAGGGAGCGUGUUCUCUUCCUUAGCCCAAUGAAACUUUCA